AUGUCUGGUAGAGCAGACAGAAAAAGAAAACAAAUCCAAGAAGAAUUUGCCAGAUAUGUUCAACCCGAAGAAAUAUUAGAAAAAAUUAUCAAUAAAUUAAGCGUAAAUCACAAUAUAUCCACAAGUGAAGCAAAGAAAGCACUUGGAAACGAAAAUAUAUUGGAAACUUUAACUGAUUUCAUAAUUAGAGCGUCAGAAAUUCUAGAUAAUUAUGUCGAGUUAAAAUAUAAUAAAAAUGAAGAAAAUAACUAUAAUAAUAUGAAUAAUGAUGUUAUUCAGAAUGGCAAUUCAGAACUUAUUGUAAUCACCAACACUAUUACUACUACUGCUACAAAUGAAAAUGAGAGAACAUCAUUACCUUCAUCUCCUAUUUUUGAUACAUAUUCUAUAAAUCAUUUGGAUUUAGAUGAAAAUGAUAAUAACAAUAAUCCAGAAGUUGAAUCAACUUUUCAAAAUAUAGAAGAAGCUUCUACUGGUAAUUCUUCUGAUCAACAACAAAUUACUAAAAAAAGGAAAAUAAUGACAUCAUCCUUGACACAAGAAUACAAUCUUCGCAAUAAAAAAGAUAUAAAUUAUAAUUAUGGUCGUGUAUUAAAAAGGAGACAUCGUAAAAGUAAACCCCAGGCUGAAUUACAUGCAAAAAUUGUUAUGCUUGAGAAUCAUAUACCUGACUUGUCAGAUUCUAGACAUGAAGGAUGUAAAGGGAUUACUGAAGAAGUAAUGAAAAAACUUAAUUCAAAAAUUAAAAUUGAACAUCCAGAUUAUUCAGAUGAUGAAUUCUCCGAUUCUGAUCUACCUCCACUUAUUCCAGAUCUAUUAAGGGUAUCUCGAAACGUUAUCUUUACCGGUGAACCUAAUAGAAUAGUUUUAACUAAUACAUUAAUUGUAACAGAUCUUAUUUCUGCAAUUAGAGUAUCAUCAGCAUUGACUGAUUCAGAUCCGAAUUUUGAUAGACCUAUCAUUUACAUUCUAAAAUAA